AUGGAUGUGUUGCAGAUACUACAUAAAGCCACAGAGCGCCUAGAGUGUGAUCACUGUAGCUUCAGGGGAACGGACUAUGAAAACACACAAAUUCAUAUGGGUACCAUACACCCAGAGUAUUGUGAUGAAAUGGAUGCUGCUGGUUUGGGUAAACUUAUAUUUUAUCAAAAAAGUGCAAAGCUGUUUCAUUGUCAUAAAUGUUUCUUUACCAGCAAGAUGUACUGCAAUGUAUAUUAUCACAUCACAGCACAGCAUGCAACACCUCAGAAGUGGAAUGAGGAGCGGAAGGGACAGGUAGAAGGAGAUUCAGAUCCCUCCAAAAAAAAUGUCACAUUGGAGUCACAGAAAUCUUCCCUUUCCCCUGAGACGCACAAACCUGCCCUUUCUCCUGAGCUCCCCAAAUCUGAACCUGUUGUUUCCCCCAACCUUCAGAAAUCUUCAGCAUCUCUGGAGCCCCAGAAGUCAGCUCAGGUGACUUCCACAGAGCUAGAGAGGUCAGCCCAGGCCAUGUCCCCAGAUUCAGAAAAGUCAGCCCUUGCCACGUCUCCAGAUCCGGAGAAGUUAGCCUCAUCUGCAUCCUCAGACUCAGAGAAACAGUCUCCUGCUAUGUCCCCUGACCCUCAGAAGCCAUCUCCUGCUGUGUCCCCCAGCCUACAGAAGCCAUCUCCUGCUGUAUCCCCUGACCCACAGAAGUCAGCCCCAGCUUCAGUCCCAGCUGUGUCUCCAGAGCCCCGGCGGCAUUCCCCAGCAAUGUCUCCGGAGCCCCGUCGACAUUCUCCUGCUGUAUCCCCAGAGCCCCGACGCCAUUCUCCCGCUGUGUCUCCAGAGCCUCGCAGGUACUCCCCAGCUGUGUCACCAGAGCCAAAGAAACCUGCUCCAGCAGUGUCUCCUGAACCACGAAGGUAUGCCCCAGCUGGGUCUCCUGAGCCCCGGAGGCAUCCUUCUCAAAUGCGUAAGCCUGCUUCUGCUACUUCUCCUGAAACCCGGAGGCCUGCUCCUGCAGUCUCACCAGAGUCAUGGAGACCUGAUCCGACUGUGUCCCCUGAGCCCUGGAGAUCUACACCUCAUGAGAUACAGAAGUCUUCCACAGCGUCUCCCUGGGCUCCGAAGGCUGCCAUGUCGGUGGCCAUAGAAUCACGGCGAUCUGCCCCUGAGGCCCGAAGGCCUGGCCCUGUUGUGUCCCCAGAGCCUAGGAGGUUUGUUUCUGACUCAUGGAAGUCUACAUCCUUUUCUGAAUCCCAGAAGUCUACUCUUGUUUCUUCUGAGCCAUGGAAACCCAUCUCGUCUGUUUACCCCGAAGGCUGGAAACCCGUUCUAUCCCCUGACACAUGGAAGCAUUCUCCCCCCAUUUCACCUGAGCUUCGAAAGUCUAGUCACACAGUUUCCUCCGACUCUUGGAAGCCUUCUUUCUUUCCUGAGGUCCGUAAGCCCGGUGCUUCAGCAUCUCCUGAAUCUUGGAAACUCUCCGAGUCCCGGAAACCUGUGUAUUUUUCCGAAACUCAGAAAUCCACCUCCGCGGCUUUGUCUGAGGUUCAGAAACGGGCUCAUUUCCCUGAACAUCGGAAAAGAGCUCUGUUCCCAGAGUCUCGUAAAGCUAAUCUCUCUGUUUCUACCGAUAUCCAGAAACGUGCUGUCUUCUCUGAGCCCCAGAGUCAGGUGUCUACUUCUGCUGUUUCUGCUGAAGGCCAGAAACAUGCCCUGUGUUCUGAAGCCCAGAAGUCAGCUCUUGUGUCUUCUGAUGCCCAGAAGCACACCCUAUUUUCUGAGGUCCAGAAACUUGCUUCCAUUUCCCCUGAAGUUCAGGAGCAUAAUUCCUUUCCAGAAUCUCAGAAAUCUGCUUCUCCUGAAACUCAGAAACAUGGCUUCUUUACUGAGUCCCAGAAACCUACUCCUUCUGUUUCUCCUGAGACCCCAAAACAAGCUGUUUUUACUGACCCCCAGAAAUCUGCUGUUUCCCCUGAUGUUCAAAAGCAUGCUCUAUUUUCUGAGAUGCAGAAGCCUCUUGCUGCUUUAUCCUCUGAUGUCCAGAGACACGCUGAAACUACUGUACCCACUGAAAUCCAGAGAAACAUCCUGUUUUCCGAACCUCACAAAUCUGCUCCGGGUUUUUCGUCUGAGCCCCAGACACCUAGUGAGUCUGGAGAGAGUGACUUUCUUUCUCACAGUUUAGAUGAUCAGAAACCACUGGAUGAUUUAUUCUCACAGGAUGAACAAUCAAUAUUGGCCAAAGAAUCACCAGAAGACAUAUUCUAUUCAUGCCCCAAAAAGAAGCCCAAGAAGGAAAACCAGGAAAACUCAGAUUCUGAACUAAAUAGCAGCGAGUGUGGAAAACCAGAGAUGGACUCGAUGGAGAUAAAGGAGCAAGAAUCCAACAGUGACCCAGAACAAUACGAUAUGGAGUCAUCCGAUUACAUCAAAGAGAGCAAAAUAGAUGCAGCUACUCCCACGCAGCCACCAUGCGUGCUGCAGUUUACUGAGGAGAAAGAGGCUUUCAUCUCCGAGGAAGAAAUAGCAAAGUACAUGAAGCGUGGCAAGGGGAAGUAUUACUGCAAGAUCUGCUGCUGCCGUGCGAUGAAGAAAGGUGCUGUCUUGCACCAUUUAGUUAACAAGCACAAUGUUCAAAGCCCAUACAAAUGUAAAAUAUGUGGCAAAGCUUUUCUCCUGGAGUCUCUUCUUAAAAAUCAUGUUGCUGCGCAUGGUCAAAGCUUGUUGAAGUGUCCACGUUGUAAUUUUGAAUCAAAUUUUCCCCGAGGCUUUAAGAAACAUUUAACCCAUUGCCAAAGCCGUCAUAGUGACGAUGCACCUAAAAAACACUUGGACAGCAUUGAGCCACUUGAAGAACAAAUUUAAUCUGUUGGUUUUAUUUUUUAUCUUUGUGCUAGAAAAGCUGAAUUUACAGAAUUGUUCAAAAGUGUUGCUGUAUGUUAACCCAGUAGUUUAGCUGAUCUGACAAGUCAGAAGAUGCAUGGUUUAUUGUACUGUUUAACUUGUCUUCUAGCUGUAUUACUGAAGUGAUCCACUUUCAGAAGUCAUUUUAAAUAUGUGUCCACGUCUUUGUAUUCCCCAUCAGUAAAGUCAUAUUUUAUUUUUCAGGUGUACUGUGUUUUUGAAACCAAAAUGGAUACAGAUUAGUUUUUUAAAGAUUUGUAAAGCAUACAGGCAAUUAAGGACUGGAGUGGUGAGCAAUCCAUAUAUUCCUGUGAAGACUGAACUUGGUUUUUCACAUUUGUUAAAUGUUGUCUUUUUCAAAAUGUUUUUAUCAAAUUCUCAAAUUCGUCACCAAAUUCAAUGUGAAGGAGCCAAGCAUGAGAAACUACCAAUCCUUCUGGAAUCGUUCUGCCCUGAGGUUGUCAUUGAGUGUACAGUCAUUUGUUGGAAAUUUAUUGCACUCAAUUCUCUGACUUGUCUCAAACAUAGAAACAUCAAGGUACUUAUUUUGUGACUCUGUAUUUUGGCCAUGUUUUAAGCAUGUACUAAUAUACCUUAAACCAAUGAAUUAACGUCAAAACUAUGUAUAGCUCAACAAUUUCUCUUGAUGAAUCAGGUGUUUGUAAUGUCAGAACCCCCUUAAAUUUCUUGUAU